CUUCUAUCCAACGACGGUGCGAGUCCCAGAAACUGAUCAAACCCCAGAAUUUCCUCCUUCACAGAACUCAAACCCUGAACAGAACACAGAACUUCCUGUUCGAACUUCAAAUUCCUUGCUCAGAAUACAAAACCCUUAAUUGGGUCGCUCUUGGUUUCUCUUUUUGACUCAGUUUACUGGCACCUCCAUGAUGUAGUCAUUUUGUAAAAAGUUUAAACCAUCGCCACAGGAUUUUGAACAACAACCUUUGUGACGCCAUAUGAAAGACUGAAGACAAAUGUGGGGAAAAAUUUGCCAAAAUUUAUUUUGUUAUCUGUGAUCUGAACAGACCCAAUACAAUGAUGGGUUCUAAUGAAUUCACAGGCAAUUCUCUUUUAGAGCCUCGUGAUGAUAUGGAAUUUGAAUCUCAUGAAGCUGCAUAUUCAUUUUACAAAGAAUAUGCCAAGGCUAUGGGGUUUGGCACUGCUAAAUUGAGCAGUCGUCGUUCUAGGGCAUCAAGGGAAUUCAUUGAUGCAAAGUUUUCAUGCAUAAGAUUUGGAAACAAGCAACAAUCUGAUGAUGCCAUUAAUCCACGACCAUCUCCGAAAAUCGGUUGCAAGGCGAGUAUGCAUGUGAAAAGAAGGUCAAAUGGAAAGUGGUUUAUUUUUAGCUUUAUUAGGGAGCACAAUCAUGAGCUUUUACCAGCUCAGGCACAUUUUUUCCGAAGUCAUAGAAAUGUUGAUCCGCUUAAGAAUGAUGUUAGGAUAAGAAGACGGAAGAACAUAGCUCCAGUGUCUAAACUCUUUUCUGCAUAUCAAAAUGUUGAUUGCUUAGAGAAUUACAUGAGAAAUCAGCAUGAUAAGGGACGCAAUUUGGUUUUAGAUCCAGGAGAUGCUCAAGUGCUGUUAGAAUAUUUUAUGCAUAUGCAAGAAGAAAAUCCUAAAUUCUUCUAUGCAGUUGAUUUGAAUGAAGAGCAUCGGUUAAGGAAUGUCUUUUGGGUGGAUGCCAAAGGCAUGGAAGAUUAUACUAAUUUCAGUGAUGUAGUUUCUUUUGACACUACAUACGUUACAAACAAGUAUAAAAUACCUUUGGUUCUUUUUGUUGGUGUUAACCAUCAUAUUCAACCCACAUUACUCGGUUGUGCAUUGAUUGCAGAUAUGACUCUUUAUACUUUUGUUUGGUUAUUGCAAACGUGGUACAUAGCAAUGGGGGAACGAGCUCCACGAGUGAUGCUUACUGAUCAAAAUGAUGCCAUAAAAGCAGCUAUUGCAGCAAUAUUUCCAGACACAUGCCAUUGUUUUUGUUUGUUUCAUGUAUUGGAAAAGAUUCCUGGGAAUCUGGAGUAUCUAAACCCAUGGCACGAUAGUUUUAUGGUAAAAUUUGAUAAGUGUAUUAACAGGUCAUGGACUGAGGAACAAUUUGAAAAGAGGUGGUGGAAGUUGGUUGACAAAUUUCAUCUCAGAGAGGUGCCAUGGAUUCAGUCACUGUAUGAAGAUCGCAAACAUUGGGUUCCUACAUUCAUGAGAGGUAUUUCUUUUGCUGCAUUGUCUACAAUUUCACGCUCGGAGAGUUUAAACUCUACAUUUGACAAGUAUGUGCGUGGAGAAACGUUAUUGAGAGAGUUCAUUGAACAGUACAGAGUGAUUAUUGAAGUUAGGUAUGAAGAGGAAGCCAAAGCUGAUUUUGAUGCGUGGCAUGAAACACCUGAAUUGAAAUCUCCAUCACCUUUCGAAAAGCAAAUGUCACUUGUGUACACACAUGAAAUUUUCAAGAAAUUUCAAGUUGAGGUUUUAGGAGCAGCUGCUUGUCAUCUUAAGAAAGAAAAUGAAGUUGACACAGCUUCAACAUAUAGUGUGAAGGACUUUGAAGAUGAUCAGAACUAUAUGGUGGAAUGGAAUCAGUCUAAAUCAGAUAUAUAUUGUUCUUGUCGUUCAUUUGAAUAUAAAGGCUAUGUUUGUAGACAUGCUAUUAUUGUUCUGCAGAUGUCUGGUGUUUUCAACAUCCCAUCUAAAUAUAUAUUGCAACGAUGGACAAAUGCGGCUAAGAGUAAGCAUGCUAUGAGUGAAAGAUUGGAUGAGGUGCAAUCCAAGGUUCGCCGUUAUAAUGAUCUAUGCCGAAGAGCCAUUAUUUUGGGCGAAGAAGGGUCAUUAUCGCAAGAGAGUUAUAAUAUUGCACUGGGUGCCAUACAAGAAGCUCUCAAGCAAUGUGCAACUCUGAAUAACUUCAUGGAAAACAAUGUCAGACCUAUUGCCUCAGAUAUUCUUGCUUUAUGUGAUGCUGAGGAAGAGAAUCAAUUUGGUAAUGCAUCUAAAGACAAGGUUCCCAAUCCUUCAGUGACUUCUACCAACAGUAAUCCUAGCAGAACUGAGGCAGGAAAGGGAAAGGGAAUUAAUGCAAAUAAAAAAGGAAAGAUUACUCAACCAGGCACUAUGAAUGUUGAGACUCAAGAUGGCUGUCACCAAAUGGAGCUUUCUGACAUGAGGCGAACGCAGUUGCAUAAUUUUGUGCCAACCCAGCUGCAAGUGUUACCUACAAUGUUUCACAAUGUACCCACAACACAGUUUCACAAUGUGACUACAACACAUUUGCCGGAUAAUCGACUCCCUCGGUAACUUAAGUUUAGUUUAUUCUGUAAAGAUUGAGUACACAUGAAAUGUUUUAGGGCUGUAGGAAGUUAAAUGUACUAUUUUACAGUUAAGAAAUUCUAGCCUGUUUCUCAUCCCCAUCUUCAAUGUUUUAUCUGGGGCCAUGUAUUCCAGCUCUUAAAAUUAUGGGGUAUUUAAGCAACCCUUUAAUUUAUGUGACA